GACUGCACCGCGCGUUGUUUGGAGAGUUGUAUUUGGUGGAUCUUUCGUGUGAGCGCGCUUUUCAGGCAGAGUUGUAGUUAUUUCUUCACUGUUGAACAGUUCGGGGUACCACCGCAGGCAUGUUUAGCCCCCGAACCGCCCCGGGCUCCGGCCGUAGGCAGCCGGCCAGGACCGCCGGGAGGAAGAGUGUCUCCGGUGCGGUCCCUAGCCUCCUGUUCUCCCCGCGCAGGACGCCGUUGUCGGCGAGAUCAACACCUACCCGAGUGCAGAGCCAUGCAGGGGCAGAAACUGUUAACUAUGAUGUGCAGACCUUUGGCUCAUCCCUCCCCGUCAAAGUUAUGGAGGCACUGACGAUGGCUGAUGCUGAUGAUCAGAUCUCAGUGAAGGUGAGUGAGAGCGGCUGGGCCUGGAUGGUUUGUGGAGAGAGUCUGAUCAUCUGGAAGAUCUGCCAAACUGCUGUAGCUAAGGUCUCAGUUUGUAAGGAGUUGCAACUGCCCAGCAGUGAGUACAACUACACUGCUGACCUUGUGGCUGUGACUUCCAUUGCUCCCCUGGAGAAGGCUGCUGUUCAGUCCAUCUCUGUCUUGGCAGUGGCUGCAGAAGGAGCGGUUCGCUACUGGCCCAGCCUCUCCCAGGAGGGCAACUACACAGAGACUGAUGUGGACCUGGGAGAUCUGUGCAACUUUGUUGUUGCUGUCAGAGGUGGAAGCUUUGUCUUGUCCUCGGUAAAGAAUCAGCUGUUGAGAGCAACUGCAGAUUCUUCCGGGAAACUGCAGUGUCGAGCUCUGCAGCAGGGUCAGGGCAUGCUUUCUGGCAUCGGACGUCGUGUCUCCAGCCUGUUUGGCAUCCUCUCGACACCAGCCAAUGACACACUCUGCAGUGUGCUGUGGGUGGGGGAAAGCAGCUCCCUGUACACACUCACUGAUUCCAGUCUGAGUAAAUGGGAGGUCGACGACAGCUCGGAACACCAGAUCCUCAACUGGGACGCGCGCAGAGUUCUGAACGAGAGCAUCACAGACGCUAUAUGGGGGUCAGAGAGCAACUAUGAGGAGAUGAAGGAGGGAGCAAAUGUGGCAUACCUGGACAUGAAGCUCAGCCAAGCCGGGUUGGUGGUUUUGGCUGCAGCCUGGCACCCGUCCGACACUCCCUGCCUGGCCUACUUCUGUCUGGUCACCCUGCAGGACAACGGAGCCACCAUCUCUGACCAGUUCACCGUGGAGGUCACAAAGUACAGCUCUCCCUUCCAGAACAAGGAGACCCUGCAGGCCACUCGGCUGGUGUUGCCUCGUUCCCCUGGCUCCACAGCCUUUCUGUACACUGAGGACGUAGUGUUCGCCUGCUCAACAGGAACCAACAGGGUCGCAGUACCUGAUGAGAAAAUCAGUUUUAACUCACCAGGUGAUGGUGUACGUGGAGCAGGCUGCUGUGCCAACCUGCCGGUCUUUUUCUCGCAAAACAGCGGUCUGGUGGCGGUGGUGGCCAGAGAGAGUGCCUCCAUCCUGCCAGAGACCAUGGAGGACUCGCUGUGCUCCUCGCUGGCUGCAGCCCCAGAGGUGUCGGCCAUGGAGACGCCAACCCGAGCAGAGCCUGUAGCUCAGGAGGACAAAACCAAACUCCUGAAGGCGGCCUUCCUGCAGUUCUGUCGUAAUGACCUGGUCGGGGCUCAGACAGUCAUAGAUGAGCUGUUCCCAGCUGACGGCGAUGGGGAGGAGGGAGCUGAGCUGGACACCAUGGUGACUCAAAUCAACCUUGAUUUGGUGGACGAUUACCCGGCCUCUGACCCCCGCUGGGCCGAGUCUGUCCCCGAUGAGAGUGCUGGCUUUCCUCUCACUUCCCUCAUCAUCCUUCACCAACUGGAGGAUAAGAUGAAGGCCCAUGGCUGCUUCAUGGAGUUUUUGCUACAGGUUGGACUGUUGGACCGACUCACUCAGGUGACUGUACGUUCAUCUCCCAUGGCAACACGCCUGCUGCUGUGUGAACACGCCGAGAAGUUGCAAGCAGCCAUGGUGCUGAAAAAUCACCACACCAAACACUCUGAACUAGUGAACCGGGCCAUCAGCACAGCGCUGCAGAGGAACAACACCGCCGUGCCACAAAGCCUCACCGCUGCUGACGUCUUCUUCAGAGAGGUCUCUCAGAUCUCCUUGGUGUUCGACUGUCUGCUGGAGGAGGAGGAGCGGAGUCUGAAGGAGAGUCCAGUCGACUCGGUGCAGUGGGCCGAAGUGGUCCUCACAGUCAACAACAUCAUCAAGGACAUGCUUCAAACUGCUGGUCAGUACAGAGACAUGAAGGCCUCCAUGUACAGAGUGUCUGAAAAUGCUGCUGCAGAGCCUGAGUACAUCCCAUGGACAGCAUCAGGUGGCGUUGGUGGCGUUCGAACAGUCCUCUCGCGCCAGCACGAGAUCAUACUGCGCACAGUGUACCCACAUGCUGACUCAGAGCUGCGCAAUGCCCUUUGUGAGCAGCUGGUGGCGCUGUUGGAUAUCUACUUGGGCAGUUAUGUGGCCCAGCUAAACUCCCUGCAGCAGCAGAGGACCCAACAGGAGCGCUACAACAGCUUGGAGAUGGAGUACAGCCAGCGGCGCUCCGAGCUGCUCGCACCGCUCUUGGAGCUCGGUCAGUACCAGUGGGUGGCAGCGUUGGCUGAGAAGUACUGUGACUUUGACAUCCUGGUUCAGAUGUGUGAGCAGACAGACAACCAGAGCCGCCUGCAGCACUACAUGGCCAAGUUUGCAGAUCAGAACUUUUCCGACUUCCUGUUUCGUUGGUACAUGGAGAAAGGCAAGAGAGGGAAGCUGCUGUCCCAGCCGGCCACUCAGCACCAGCAGCUCGCCAGCUUCCUGCAGGCUCAUCAGCAUCUCAGCUGGCUGCAUCACAUCCACAUCCACGACUACCAAAGUGCCCACAGAACUCUCUACAGCCAAGCCAACAUGGAAACACGUUACUUUGUGAAAAAGAAGACACUGCUGGCUCUCAGUAAGCUGACUGCACUAGCGUCUGACCUGCCAGAGGACCAGCUCUCCAAACAAAUUGAUGACAUUGUGGAGCAGGAGCGCUUCCUGCUGCAUCAGGAGACUCUGCCUCGACAGCUGCUGGAGGAGAAGCAGCAGAACCCCGACACCAUGCCUCUGCUCAGUGCUCACAACCUCAUACAGCUGUACAUCUGUGAUGACAACAGGCGAGCCAACGAGUACGAUUUCAAAAAGGCUCUGGAUCUGCUGGAGUACAUCGAUGAGGAGGAUGCUGUGGACAUCGACGCACUCAAAUGUGAGAUCUUCGGCAAAGCACUUAGGAGAGACGACUGGUCUUCUGCAGAUGGGAACGACGACCCUCUGGAAGCAACAAAAGACAGCAUCUUUGUCAAGAUCCUCCUCAAACUCAUUCAGGAAGGCAUCUCUCUGCAGACCUAUCUGCCCGACAUCAAAGACCUCCUGGAGUUGGAUGAGCUCAGCAGUUUUAAAUCAAAGCCAUAUUUUGAAUUUGUCCUUCGAGCUAAUUAUGAACAUUACCUUCAAACCCAGAUGUAACAACCACCAAACCCACCAGUGAAACAUUGUGUGGUUCAGCUUUUCUUUGCAUUCUACUCACUUUCGGGAUGUCUUUAAAUUGUGCUCUUUUCUAAAUAAAUGUGUUGAUUUUUGUGUACUUUUCAGUAUGGUUUCACUUUCCUAGUGUUCCUCAAAGACGCACAGCUGUGACACAUUUCACUGGCUGUUUUCAUUUAUUCACCUUUAGGGACAAAUGUACAUAUUUGGAAAAAGAAGUGCUGCUGUAAAGAAAAUAGUUGCUUGUUAACAGGAGAGACAAGAAAUUCAUAUCGAGAAAGUGAUGCAAGACAUGAUUUCAGUUCUUUGUAUAUAAGUUGUUUUGUUUUGUUUUUAGAGAGAAUGUAUGACGGCUUUAUCAACAUUCACCACGUUUAGAACACAUUUGUCUUAUGACAAUGAAUCAAAUUUGCUCUAAUGUGGGUGUUUUGAUUCUUAGUGGAUACAUACAAAAUACAUGUUUACAUGCUGUAAGUUUGCACCUCCUUUUUCUAAGGAAGCCGUAAUCAUUUAUAAGGACACUCGUGCAGCAUAAUUGGAGUACAGAGAGAUCCUCCUGAAUGCAGCCAUGUUUAGUGUGACAUACCAAGUAAGAUCAGGGGAUCAGGGUAGGACAACCUACCACAAACAACUAAAAUAAUCUUCCAAGUAAGAGAACAAUAUGACAGCAGUUCAACAAAAGUAAAGCUUUCACUUCCUGCCUCUUUUUUCUUUUUCUUUUUUUAAAUUUGAGGUGAGAUAGCAGACUUAAAAAGUGACACAGACCUGAGCCUCUGAGAUACUGGCUCGAGAAGCUGCCCUGUACUCAUCAGGGCUUCCUCCUGUUGGGCGACAAAGAGCAGAUGUUUGUUAUAAAUAGAUCUGAGCUCCUCUAGCUGAUUGACUGCCACGCUGACAGAGAUCCUCCGCAGUGAUCCACUUUCACAGCUACACAGGCUACAGGCAGCUUUCAGGAUCCAGCACUGCUAAAUAUAGUCAAAGUAGAUUAGAUUGGCACUAGAGCUGUACAUAACUGUCAAUUUAGUUUGUAUGACUCUAAUCUUUCCAAUGUUAUAGGUAAUUUACUUUUUGUAUUUUCAAAUGGAGAAUGACAACCCCAGAAUAAUUUACAAAUGACUUCCAUCAUUUUAUUAUGGAUUUCAAAUGGUUGAUAAAAGAAAAAUUCCUUAUUAUUUUUGUAAGAGAAGAAAACAGGCACUAUAUGUUUAAGGCUUAAAAAAGGAAGAAGAUAAAUUCAAUUCAGUUUUAUUUAUACAGCGCCAAAUCACAACAACAGUCACUUCCAGGUGCUUUAUACUGUAAGGUAGACCUUACAAUAAUACAUACAAUCAUAUGAAUCCCUAUGAGCAAGUAUUUUGGCGACAGUAGGAAGGAAGAAACCUCCAGAAAGAGAAAUGGGAAAAAAUAGUAUAACAAAACUGAAAGAACACUUUAGUUACAUUGUAUUCUAAUACUUUCAGUUGGUGUAGAUACUGGUUCCACUGCACAUUUGCAUAUUAGAAUAUAAAGGGUUCAAACUGUAUGUAGUAUGAAACAGGGUAAACUAUUCCCUCUCAGCCAGCUGCUGUCUUGCACACAUGCUGAUGCAUCAUUAACAAUAAUUUGUUCACCUUAAUGAUGCCUUUUCUACAUUGUUCCCCUACGUACAUGUAAAAACUGAAGGAUGUGCCUUAAAUAUGUUUUGGACUUUGCUUUUAAGGGUCAAUGUUUAUCCCAUUGCUGGGCACUAUCAGCCUUAAUAUUUUUAAAUAAUCAGUGUUAAGUCAUAUAACAUUUAAUCUGACUGCUGUUUUCCGGGAAUGUACGUCUAUGGAAUAAUUUCUCCUGAGAUUUCAGCUCCCAGCUUUAAGUGUUUGUACUUCAGCUCCUUUCAUUUUUUCAAAUUCAAAUGACUUCCUUCUAUGCAUAUAUUUUACCUGCUAUUUCUGAUUUGAUGUACCAACUUAAACAUUUCAGUUGCAACUGUUUGCUUCAGCUGCUUUCAAGCCAUUUGGUACAUCUUUGUGUCCUCAUUUUUAAU